AUCAGAGCUGAGAAAAAAAUUCAAAAAAUGCGUACUCGUUCUCAAAUCUCACUGUGCAAAUACUUUCUGAGAUACCCUCUUGAAUCUUAUCCAAAGCCCACGUCUUCGUUUCUCAUUAACUCGCUUUCAGCGAUUCCUACUCAACUCGUUCCCAGCUCAGUCCGAUGUCCAAAACCCAACCUUUUCCAACACCCAAUCCACCAAAUUUCGUUGAAGUACGGCACUGAUUCGGCAGCACCCGAGUUGGAUGUGAACAAGGAAGUUGAUUCAAUCAACCUCAAGUUCGCGGAGGCAAGAGAGGAGAUAGAGAUGGCAAUGGAGUCUAAAGAGACUGUUUAUUUCAACGAAGAAGCAGAAUGUGCUCGUGCUGCUGUUAAGGAGGUUCUGGACAUGUUUGAAGGGCUUUCAGGAAAGCUACCCGAGUCGAAAAAGGCGGCUUUGCAGCGCUCCAUGGGGCUCAAGAUUGAGCAGCUCAAGGCUGAGCUUCAGCAGUUGGAUGAUUGAUGAGGUUAAUUUUAAUUGGUUUCUGCUCAAAAUCAGAACUUUGAAUCUGCUUUGCUUCACUUGUAACACUUGGUAGAGAAUUAGAGAUGAAAGAUUGGUGAUUUUAGCAGUGGCAUUUGAUUUAAAGCAUAUAUGAUUUUGAAUGAUGAGUUAUGAUGUUAUGGUUAUAUGGUUAUAGAUUAUGAUUUUGAUGGUGAUGAUAAAGGAAAAUUUGUAGCAUUUAGUGGAAACUAUUUUUUAGAAGUUUUGUGAACUUGUAUGAUCUAAGAUGAUGAUUGCAUGCUUAUUGUUGCUUUAUCUGAUAUAAUUCAAUAGAAAUUGGUGGCUUCUUUGGGAGUAAUGCUCA